AUGGACGAGGUGUUCCGACGCCAAUUUUGGGCGCUCUUCGUGAAGAACUGGAUAGUCCUCUCGAAGCAUCCUUUCCUUAAUCUACUGAGAUGCUUUUUAAUGCCUAUUGGAUAUGGAAUAUUCCUCGCAGUCGCUCAGUUGUUCCUAACAAAGCCGAACAACUACGGUAUCGGUCAACCUGCUGUGAUCGGAAAUCUCAAAGACAAAAUCGACGGCUCCCUCUCGUUGUUCUGGGCAGAUGGCACAAAUGGAACAGGCACGCCCUCACCUCAAGAUAUAAUGUCCCGUGUCACGAGCGGCUUCUCGAAUUCGCAAAUGCAAGUCGUCCACCAAGUUGCGACACAAGCCGACAUCGUGCAAGCUUGUCCACAGAACUUCAAUUUAUUCUCGGAGUGCUUUGCUGCUGUGUCCUUCGACUCAUUCCCAUCUUCAUCGUCAUCGGGGAAUGCCAGUGCGACGCUGAAUUAUACUAUCUUCGUGGAUGGUGGAUUGUUCCAUAUUGACGUUGAGAAGCAUACGAGUGACUAUGAAGAACGUGUGCUUCCGCUACAAUGGGCAAUUGACUCGGCUAUCAUGGAGUUGCAAACGGGAAGUACACCUUCCACUCCCAUGGAAUGGCCGUUCACACAAGAGACAAACAAGGAACAGUUCACAGACAUCCGACUGAGUUAUGUCCGUGGGCUUCGAGCACUUCUCGUACUGGCAUUAUUUGUGAACUUCGUCGGCAUCGCCUACCAACUGCCUGGUUCGUACAUGGGUGAACGCGCGAAUCUCUUAACAAGCCACCAGCAAGCAAUGGGUCUACGAGAUUCAGCUCGCAUUCUGUCUUGGUAUUUUAGUAUAUCCUUGGCAUACCUCCCUGCAUGGGUCAUCGUCGCACUCGUCUGGCAUUUCCGCAUUUUCUCUGGGACGCAUGUGGUGAUCGUCCUCUUCGUGCAUCUACUGCUGGGCUUCUCGUUAGCAAGCUGGUCAUUCUUCGUCGGUGCGCCAUUUGGGAACUCUCCUCAGCUCGCUGCCGUCGCAACGACCUUCCUUGCAAUCGUUCUCGCCAUCAUAGCCCAAGCUUUCGGUCGGGCAUCUAAUGGAGCUGCGUUCAUAUUCACCUUGAUUUUCCCACCUGGAUACUACGUUUUUGUCAUUCGGGCAAUAGCAGGAUUCGAGUCUAACCAGAUUCCGACGAAUUUACUCCAUCAGGAUCCUGAUAAUCAUUUAAAUGUUUUGUCACUUAUGAUUGCGGCUCUUAUCGAUAUUUUCAUAUGGCCGCUGCUCGCAGUUUGGUUGGAACGUAGGUUGUACAAUGCAAGGGAGCCAUCCCGAUCGUCGUCGUCCUGGCUGUGCUGCUUUAAACGGCGGAAAUCACAAGCUGCAAGAGAUAGACCAGUCCCUCCGCCUGGCGUAGCCAUUUCAGUUCGCAAUCUGAACAAGACGUAUACCUCGUCGUGGUAUUCCUGGAGCAAACAAAAUGUCACAGCCAUUGCGGAUCUCACGCUUGACAUCCCGAAAUUCGGGAUUUUCGUGCUUCUCGGUUCAAACGGGGCUGGGAAGUCAACGGCUCUGUCCAUCCUUGCUGGACUUCAAGGCAGGACGUCGGGAGAGGUGAUAUACGAAGACGGGUCUUCAAAGCCGCAGCAUGGCGUGCUCGGAAUUGUCCCACAGAAGAACGUACUAUUCCCAGAGUUAACGUGCUUACAAACAUUGAAAGUCUGGCGCGCAAUCAAACGUCCGAAGGGAUCAAAGGAUGAUGAGGACCUUAUGCAACUGCUCAAGGACUGUGAUCUGGAGCAUAAGAUUGAUUCUAAUGCCGCGACGCUGAGUGGAGGACAGAAGAGGAAACUGCAACUUGCUGUUGGGUUGGUUGGGGGGUCUAAGAUUGUCCUCGUUGAUGAGUGUACUUCGGGAGUCGACCCGCUCUCUAGGCGAUCGUUGUGGAGAACUCUUAUGUCAGUGCGAGAAGACAGGACUAUUGUCUUCACCACUCAUUUCCUCGACGAGAGCGAACUUAUUGGUGAUUCUGUUGCUAUUCUGGCCGCACCAGGAAAGCUUGUGGCAGCUGGCUCCCCGGUAUCCCUCAAAUCAAAUCUCGGGCAGGGAUACACUCUUCAAGUGUCACUGGCGACAUCGGAUUCACCAGAAAAGCCUGAUCUGGGUCCGAAACCCGAAAUUCUCGAAACUAUCCAGACCCUUGCACCGAACGCAUCAAUGAUCUCGAACACGAUGUCUUCAGCACAGUAUCGGUUGCAGACAAAGGAUUCGGCGCAGGUCGGUCAAGUGCUGAGUCUCCUGGAGAGUAAAAAGGGUGCUCUGAGGAUCGCUUCCUAUGACGUUCAUGGAACGUCUAUGGAAGAUAUUUUCUUAGCCUUGAUGAAGGAACAUGGUGAAGGGCUGUAUGAUGAUUCCACGCCUAUGGCUGGUGAUGCUCCCAUCUUGAACCGAGUAGAUUCAAAAGGCUCGUCGUUGUCUGCAUCGCAUGCACCAAAAAUUCUUCGGUUGACCACUGGAAGACGACGCUCACCUUUUGCGCAAGCAUUCACGAUAUUUCGUAAACGAUGCAUGAUUGCACGCCGAAGCUGGCUGACUCCUAUCCUGUCUCUGAUCGUUGCUGUUGGAGGAUCAUGUAUUCCACUGUUCUUCAUUUCCUCGAGGACGGAGAUGUGCAGCAGCCAUGUUCGCAAUGAUACGGGCACGAACACAACGCUAUUCCUACCACGGUCUCCCCUUCUCAUAAUGUCCGAACUUCUUCCACCUGGUAGUGGUGGUUCUCUUCUUACAACACCGCCGAAUAUCACUCAAUCUCUCGGCCUUGCGACUGCAUCAUUGCCGAUUUUGAACAUCCAGGAUAAUGCCACCUUUGUAUCAACUAUCAAUCAGGACUUCCGCAACUUUUCUCUCGGAGGAAUUUCUGUUGAUUUGGCAUCAGGCAACUCACUCUUCGCUUGGGAAGGGACUCCACCGGGAUUAACUGCCCCGACUUUACUCAACCUGGUGGACAACAUUUUGUAUAAUGCCUUGAACACAAGUGGGCAAGGCAAUGGUGCUACCAGGUUGAUUACUCCUCGCUUUGAGACGUUCCCUGGAUUGAAUGGUGGGACUCUCGUUGCUCUUAAAUGGGAUAUCUUCUUCCUCGCUGCUAUGUCCGUGUUCCCCGCAUUCUAUGCUCUGUAUGUUUCCAAUGAGCGUAGAUCGUCUGUACAAGCGAUGCAACUUUCCAAUGGACUGGCGGAUCCUGUCGGACUUUGGCUUGGACACCUCAUGUUCGACUCGAUAUUCUCGGUUGCUGCAGCGACGAUUAUUAUCAUUAUAUUCGCGGCUGUUGCUUCUCAGCUGCAUGGUCUUGGACUUUUCUGGGUGGUUUUGGUUCUUUACGGAAUUGUUGGGACGCUGUUUGCAUAUUGUGUCUCCCUUCUCACAGCUUCACCGCUUGCGGCGUUCGCAGCUGUCGCGGGAUACCAAAUCGUUAUGGCGGUUUUGUACCUCGCGGGUUACCUUCUGACCUUCACUUAUGCAAAGACGUCUCAGGCGGGGAAUUUCAUAACCAUCAUUCACUUCACGCUAUCUAUCCUCUCGCCUGUUGCAAGUCCGAUCCGCGCUUCAUUUGUAUCCGUGAAUCUGUUCUCUCUGCUGUGCAAUGGCAAUUCAAGUCUCUCGACUGAGUCGUUAGGCUCAAUGAUGAAGUUCGGCGGUCCGAUUACGUACCUUAUCGUUUACGCUUUCGUACUCUUUGCCUUUCUCGUUUGGUUCGACUCGGGUUCGAAACUUUACUACACGUUGUCAUCGGCACUUCGGAGGAGCGGUAUCACAAGAGGGGAUGUGCCUGAUGGUGAUAUCCCGAGGGACGUACAGGAAGAAGCGUCUCUUGUUGAAUCCUCAAACGACCCUUUACGUGUUAUGCAUGUUUCCAAGCAGUACCCGGGCUCUUCGGUAAGAUCCGUAGACGACGUGAGCUUCGGUGUUUCGCGGGACACUGUUCUGGCUUUGCUUGGUCCUAACGGUGCCGGGAAGACUUCGACGUUUAACAUCAUCCGUGGUGACACGGUCCCCGACCAAGGCGAUGUCCUUAUACAAGACACCUCUGUCAUUCGGUAUCCUAGAACGGCCCGCUUGUCUUUAGGAGUCUGUCCGCAAUUCACUGCGAUUGACUCACAACUCACUGUUCGCGAGCAUCUGGAGACUUACGGACGGCUGAAGGGGCUUUACAGAGGGCCCGAAUUGAACGAGAACGUCGACAUUAUUCUCGAGUCCACAGGCUUAUCUCCUUAUUCGGAUAGAUUAGCGAGCAAACUUUCGGGAGGGAAUCAACGAAAGUUGUCCCUAGCUAUUGCACUCAUUGGAAACCCAUCAGUUGUAUUGAUAGACGAGUUCUCGACUGGUAUAGACGCUAAGAUGAAGCGCGACAUGUGGGAAACACUCAAGAAUGUUUCUAUCGGCAAAGCUGUCGUGAUAACGACUCACUCUAUGGAGGAAGCAUCAGCGUUGGCGAACAAGGUUGGUAUAAUUGCGAGGAAGAUGUUAGCCGUUGGUUCGACAAGCUCUCUCGCAGCUCGUUACCCAAUCUAUGAAAUUCAUUUCUCGUGUCGAACGCGCGAAGAAAUAGUAAAAGCCCAAGAACUCAUGGCGCGUAUACCUAAUUCACGAAAGGCAGACGACGUAGCCACUCGAUUUGAAGUACCUUUGGACGCUGGAAAUGAGCAGACUCUUGCGAGUUUGUUCAGGACGUUGGCUGAGCAUGGCGAGUUCUCCGAGUAUACGGUCGAGAGAGUCAGCUUGGAGAGUGUUUUCUUGAAGGUUAUUAGGGAGAACAACAUCAAGGAAGAAGGCUCUGCUGCACGGACUGAGAAGAGACAUUGGUUUUCAAGUAUUUGCUAG